GCACCCAGUGUAGAAACCACUGCAGCCAUGAAGGGAGGCCUCGUCCUGCUGAUUGCUGGUGUGUUGCUCGUGGCGUACUGCACGCCGCUCGCUGCUGCAGACGAUGGCGACGACGUGGUGGAAGAAGUAGGAGAAAACAGAGACGCUGAUGACGACGACGGCGACAGCAUAGCAGACGACGAUGAGUACGGCAUCGCUCUUGAGGAGGGUGCAAAUGCAGAGAGCAGGCGGGCACUCAAAGGUGCUCACGCCCGGGCUGGCCACGCCAAGCAUGCGAGGGCAGGCAGCCGACACGCUGCGGGCAGAGCUGCAAACAGACCCCACGCCAGGUCAGGCGCCGCCCGCAGAGCCGCACACAAAACGUAGUCGACGCUGCUGAGGGAGCCCACACCAUGGAGACGCAAUCUGGAGCUGCUCAUACUGUCCUGUAUCCUGUACUCACAAAGCAGAAAUAA